AGCAAGCAUUCAAUCCCCAUUGUUUCUCUUGUUAUUCACUCAUCCAACCCAUACCUCCCAUCUCCCUCACCCUCUCUCUCUCCCAUCUCUCUCCCCAAAACUCACAAAUUUAACUAGAGAGACAGAGAGGAGGGAGACUCAUGGAAAACUCACCAAGACUCUAUCCAAAAGAAAACCCAUCUCCCUCCCACUCCCCCAACAGCCACAACAGCAGCACAAACAGCAAUGGCCUCUCCCCCGCCGUCGCAACUCCUCCGGCGACUCCCAAACCCGUUUCGAGAUCCGAGAACAACCCGUACCCGACGACCUUCGUGCAAGCCGAUUCCACCACUUUUAAACAAGUGGUUCAAAUGCUCACCGGAUCAUCGGAAACCGCCAAGCAGGCCGCAGAUCUACACCAAGUCAAGAACUCGAGCAUCCCGCCGAUCAGAACCAGCCAGAAGAAGCAGAGCUUCAAGCUCUACGAGCGCAGAAAUAGCCUCAAGAAUGGCCUCAUGAUUAACCCUUCCUUGCAUAAUUUCGCAAAUAAUCCGGGUUUUUCGCCGAGAAAACCGGAGAUUUUAUCGCCGAGCAUUCUCGACUUCCCGUCGCUGGUUUUAAGUCCGGUCACGCCGCUGAGAGAUGAUCAUCACAAGUCCUCCGGGAGCUCGUCGGAAGAAGACAAGGCUAUUGCCGAGAAGGGUUUUUAUUUGCAUAAAUCGCCGAUGAGUACGCCGAGAGGCGGAGCUGAGCCGCAGCUGCUGCCGUUGUUUCCGGUGACUUCGCCGCGAGUUUCGGGGUCUUGAAACGGUGUCGUAUUGAGGAGUUUGAUUGUGUUAGCUGCAACUGUAUAACUUGACCAUCUCUAUGUUGCUCAGCUGCUGUUUCAAACACAGAAAGGCAAUCUGUUUUUUUUUUUUAAAUUCUCUUUGUUCUGUGUUUUUCUAAACAAUUUAACUGUUAACUAUUAUCAUCAACAAUGAAAUGAGACUGAGCUUCACUACAAAUAAUUUACAUUGAUUCAUUGCA